AUGAGGAAGAAAACCAUUCUGCAAAAGCCUCCCCAUGAAAAGGUUCUCAAGCUUCCAACGAAAUCAAAACCCUCUACACGAUCCCAAGACCAAACCUUUAUACCUUCACCUUCUCCUCCUACUUCACCUCCUCACACAGAUCCAAUGGCUCGCACAAAGAAUCCUUCGAGGUCUCCUCCCUCUUUCAAGCCAACUGCUCCUCCCAACGCUCUUUCCAAGCCAAGCACCUCGAAAGGGAAGCGUCCUGCUGCAGAGGAACUUGCGUCUGAACCCACUAGACCUAAACCUAGGUUUGCUCCUUCUCGUCCUCAAAGAGGUAAAACUCGAAUCCUUCUCAAAUCUGUUAAAGAGCCUUCCGUAGACCCUUUUGUACACAAAGCUCACUUCAUAACCUCCCACUCAAACUACAAUCCUCAUCAUUUUUGA